AUGUCGUGGCUCGUACGUGCCGGACGCUAUGCGAUGCCGAUGCUGGCUGCGCGUGCGCGCGCGCCUGUCGUGCGUGUAGCGCGUCUUCAUGUGACGCGUGUGCCGCUCGCCGUGGAGCAGAGCCAGGGCGUGUCGCUCGACGACCCGGCGGAGGGCGAGGCGCAAAAGCUGCUCGACAGCGGCACACACGCGCUCGAGAUGGGCGAUCUAGAGCGUGCGAAGGGAGCGUACAGGAAGAGUGUCGAGGUGCACGAGAAUGCGUCGGCCUACUACAACCUGGGCAUUUGCCAGUACCAGGAGCACGAUCUGCCGGGCGCGAUCGAAUCGUGGACGCACGCGCUGCGCUUGGCGCCGGACAGUCCGGAUGCCCACACGAACUUGGCGUCCGCCUACAUCAUGUCCAAGCCGCCGCAGGCGGACAAGGCGCUGGAGCACCUGACCCUCGCAGCCACGCAGAGUCCUGACGAUGGCGAGAUUCACUUCAAUCUAGGUACCGUGUUGGAAGCAUGCGAGCAGCUGGAGCCGGCGAUCAAGGCGUACCGCAAAGCCAAGGAGUGUGGCAUCGAUGUACGUACGCGCGACUGA